AUGUCUGACGAAGAGAAACCAGUUGCGUCCAUGGUCGAGGACCAAAAGUCUUCUCCGGGGUAUCAAACAGAAUGGAAAGUUCCACCAAUCUCCCAGGAAGCGGUCGAUGAGGCCUACCAUAUUCAUCUAGGGUGGAGAUCAUGGUUGGUGGUGUUUAUAACCAGUUUCGCUGUUAUGGCCCAGGUGUUCGUAGUGGUAGCUGCGGGCUCUGUCAUCGCGUUUAUUAUACGGGAUAUGGGAGACCCCACGAUAGCGGGCUGGAUCAUUCAGGGACCAUUGCUAAUGCAAUCCGUCUUGUCGCCUAUUAUCGGUCGGCUUUCCGAUGUGGUAGACAGGAAAUAUCUCUCGGCAGUUCCUCCCUUGAUCGCGUUCGUGGGUGCUGUUAUAUCCGCCAAAGCAACGUCCAUGAACAUGCUCAUAGGUGGAGGUAUUCUGAUCGGCAUCACUCUAUCUACUGUCUCCAUUGUCCAAGCCAUUCCAUCCGAAAUCUUACCCUUAAAGUAUCGUGCACUGGCAAAUGCCUUCGGAUUUGUGGGCGGUGCCGUGGGUGGACUGAUCGGAUCUCUCGGCGCAGGUGCUGUGACAAACGUGGACGCUGGGGGGUGGAGGUAUAUAUUCUGGAUUCAAGCUGCCCUCCACGGUAUCACUUCUGCUGGACUCUUCGCCUUUUACUGGCCCCCGACACAGGUCGAACGUCCGAAGUUGUCGUUGAAAGAAAUCGUCUGGGCCUGCGAUCCUAUUGGAUCCGUGCUUUUCAUGACUAGCACAACUCUUCUGCUUGUCGCUCUUGACUAUGCAGGCGGCACGUACGCCUGGUCAGACCCGCACGUCGCCGUACCAUUAUCUCUCGGUCUUGCGGUGCUCAUUGGAUUCAUCAUUUAUGAAUGGAAGGGACGAUCAGACGGCCUAGUCGCGCACAUCUUCUUCCGACAGAACGCCAACUUCACCUAUUCGAUAUUUGCCUUCGCGGUCGAGGGCUGGAUAUUCUACAGUGCAGUGAAUUCGGUCGUACCCCAAAUUGUACUCCAGCUAGGAUUCGAAAGUAACUCCUGGGCGAUAUCGGUCCGACAACUCAGCUACCAACUCCCCGUUAUAUUUGCGUCAGUACCCCUGACUUGGUACGCAACCCGUUAUAAGGAUUUAAAGUCGCCGCUACUCUUGACUUUCGUUGUCUUCCUCGUCGUAACCAUAUGCUAUGCUACCGUCCGACCAUCAUGGAGCUCAGCUCAGUAUGGCUUUAACGUCCUUGCUAGCCUCGGCCAAGCAGGACCUCUCACACUUCUAGUAGCUCUCAUCCAGUUUACGUCGCCGCACGCUUUCUUGUCUACAGCGACGGGCCUGGCCUUUUCCGCGCGUGCCAUCGGUGGUGCUUUUGGAUCCGCGGUCCUCAAUGCUAUUAUCAACAGCCGACUCAAUAACCAUUACGCACUAGAAGUCGGGGCAGCAGCUAUAAAUGCAGGCCUUCCCGAAAGUAGUGUGCCGCUACUUCUGGAGGCGCUAGCAGCCGGCAAGGUGGGGACAGGAAUUGAGGCCGCGACCCCAACGAUCUGGGCGGCGGCUAUCGAGGCAAGCCAGUGGGAAUAUACUUAUGCUUAUCGAUUGGCAUGGGCGAGCAUUAUUCCCUUCGUGGUGCUGGCCAUCGUUGCUGUGGCUCUGACAAAGGGCGUCAAGGAACUGAUGACGGAGAAAGUGGAAGCUACAGUCGAACAUAUUCAAAACAUCGAUGUCGAAGGUAAAUGAACAAUGGUCUUGGUAGAAUAGCUUUAGCAUUAACUAUUCUUGUGAUAAUAUGAUGGCCUAUGGUGUUGGUUGGUAGCCUCGACUGUAAGAUUAUGAUCACCUACAAAUGGAGGGCACUUAUUACUUUAGAUCGCGUUAUAUCCGUCCAGCAAGCCACUCCUGGAACAAUCUCCUGUGCUGUUUAGAAGGAUACUUCAUAAGAUGUUCUUAUGCAGAAUUUUU